CAUGUAUUAAUUAUUAUUGUUGCCGCCGAUCGAAAUUAUCGUUCGUCGGCCAUGGUUAUAACCACUUUUGUCGAUAAACGACACGGUCACCUCGAUAAUUGAGCGCCAACACAGUUAUAAAUCGUAAACAUUAAAUAGCACAUACUGAUAACACGAUCGCUUCAACAUUUUCUUAUCUAUUAAUUAUUGUCAUUUUUCCACUUAGUUGGUUUCUACGAUUUUCGCUACGACCCACUGUAUUCACAAUUACACCGAUUUGUUACUAUAAUGUCUUACGUUUUUUCAAUAGGUCGUUCAAUUGGCGUAUAACUUUAUAAUUAUAAAUGUUAUUCAUUAAUCAACAAGCAUGUUAGCUUUAAACUUUUUUAAAUUGUUGAAACGAACAAAUUCUGUUCGGUCAAAGAAUCAAAUAAUCACAAAGAUUAAUGGAAAACAAGAUUUUUCUAGUCACAUGGUCAACUUCGAGGCCAAAAAUGAAUCAGUUUAUGAUAAAAUAUAUAACGAAUGUAUUAAAAAUGGACUUUCUGCUAAAACAAUUUAUAAAAAUGAAUGGAUUUUUAAAUUAAAAAUCAAUUAUUUAAGAAGUGGUUUUUUGCUACUGACAAAAUGGAACCCUAAACAAAUGGAUGAUUUAUUUGUUCUACUUCAAUUACCUCUAAAAAAACUUGCAUAUAUUACCAGAAGAACUAUAAUAGAAUCAACAAUUGUACCACAUGGAAAUAGAGUUUAUUAUUUUGCAGAAAAUUUCGAGAAAGAACCCGAAGAAGUUUGUUACCAUAUGAUUCAUUACAAAUUUUUAUUUUCACGAAAUUUUUUAACUUUACACCAAAUCUAUCAAACUUUAAUUGAAAAUAAUGUUAAUAAGAAUGAUAUUUGGAGAGACACUUGGAUAUUUAUGUAUAGUAUUGAACAAAUCAAUCGUAGAAUUUCACUUAUUAAAACAGCAAAUAUUGGAAUUAAACCAUGGAUGUUAAGAUGUAAACCUGAAGUGUUUCAAAGAACUAUAAUGAUACAACAAGAAAAUAGAGUUGUUCUUAACACAGAUUCAACAGCUCAAUACUUAGCCAAACGAUUAAAAGUAUCAGAGAAAACUAUACGUUAUAUUAAUUCAAAAUAUCCCUCAAUAUUGAGAGUCAGUCCAACUAAACUAAAAGAAAUAUUAGAUUUUUUGCUCAAAGAAGGAUAUAGACCUGCACAUAUAAUGAGUACUCCACGUGUAUUUACUCAUAGUAUUUCUACAUUACAGGAACGACUGACUGAAUUGAGAGAUCUUGGCUGUGAACCUAAUCUAACUGCUUUAUGCAAAAAUAAAACAACUUAUCAAGAAUUAGUAGAUAAAUUAAUCUUGAAAAAUUCUAAAUCGUUUAAUAAUUCUGAAAUGUUGUAAUAUUUUUCUAAAUAUUUUGAUGUAAUGAAUUUGUAAUUAUGUUAAAUAUAUAUUUUAUUUUAGAAUAAUGAAUUAUACUUGAGUGGAAUAAUGUAACCAAAUUUAUUGAAAAAUAAAAAUGUUUGCCAUGUAAUUUAAAAACAUAUUGCAUAAGCAUAGGCGGUACUACAGGGGGGGGGCAAGGUAGGUGGCUGCCCCCCUGCGAGUUCUUACUCUCCCUAUACAUUUCAAAUAUUGGUUGGUAACCCCUCAUAUUACAUGCUUAUUUAGAGUCUGCAUGGUUGUAAGUAAUAAUAUUAUUACCGUGGGAAUCAAUCAUGUAAAUAUGCUGAUAAGUUUUUUUGCGUCAACA